AUGUCACACGACGAGGACGAGCAAAGCGACUUUGUCGCCGAGCAAAUUCAGGAAAUAGCACGUCACGCCAUUACGCAGUGCCUCUCAAGCGUUGUCUACAAAAAAGAGAAAGUAAACUCAUGGUGUGCGCAGAUCUCUGACGCUUGUCUCAAGGAACUCGCGAAACUAAACAAAGCGUUUAAAUACAUCGUCACAUGCAUCAUCAUGCAGAAGACAGGCGCCGGUCUAUACACGGCUGCCAGUACGUGUUGGGAUGUGAAAACUGACGGACUCUGCAGCCUGCAAGUCUCGACCGAUACCGUGGACUGCAUCGUUACGAUAUACACACUGCAAAUAUGA